AUGGGAAGGAACAAAAAUCGUCACUCUAAAGACAAAAUGUAUGUAACAGUAACAGAGCAUCAGCAAGACUGAGGAGGCAAGAAAGCUCAUGCUCCAAAAUCUAACUUCAUUCGUCUACCUUUUUAUUGCUGCGCACUUAGUCUAACUCCAUUCUCCAAUCCAUACUGCACUAAGGAAGGCAUCAUAUUUGAUUUAAUUCACAUUAUUCCUUACCUCAAAAAAUACAAACGAAAUCCAGCAACAGGUGAAACUCUCCACAUGAGAGAAUUGAUAAAAUUGAAUUUUUCUCAAAAUUCUGAAGGAAAAUAUCAUUGCCCUGUCACUUACAAAGUUUUCAAUGAAAAUUCUUAUAUAGUUGCUAUCAAAAAAACUGGAAACGUCUACAGUAAUGAAGCUAUAGAUUCCUUGUGUAGAAAACAAAAUAAUUGGAAAGAUCUAUUAACAGAUGAAGAAUUUUCCCCAAAUGAUAUCAUUAUACUGCAAGAUCCAUUAAGACCAAAAGAUGUUUCAUCGCUUUUUCAUAUGAAGAAUCCAAACCCUCCUGAAGCCAAUCACAAGUCAAAAGAAGUAAAAUCUAGCCAAGGAGAAGGACCAAAACAUGAGCGGUUUACAACUGGCAUGACAGCAGCUUCAUUUACGUCUACUUCUUUUGACCCACAUACAGAAAACGAGCUCAGAGGACUGACAGAAAAUGAAAUCAGACAAGAAUAUUAUAGAGAGGUCAUAAGAAAUAAACUUCAAGGGGAAGCUACUUUAAUCACUACUCAUGGCCUACUAAAAUUCAGGCUUUUUUGUGAUCAAACCCCGAUGACUUGUGAGAAUUUUCUGACUCUUUGUGAAGAAGGCUAUUAUAAUGAUACUCCAUUCCACAGAAGCAUCCCAGGAUUUGUGCUGCAAGGAGGAGAUCCAAGUGGUACAGGCACAGGUGGGAAAAAUAUUUUUGGAAUCCCUUAUUUUAAAGAUGAACUUUUACCAACCCUCCGCCAUGCAAAACGAGGAAUGCUCAGCAUGGCAAACUCAGGCCCAAAUACCAAUAAAUCUCAGUUCUUUGUCACAUAUAGAGCGACCCCACAUUUAGACAAUAAGCAUACAGUUUUUGGAGAACUAAUUGAUGGGUUUGUAACUCUUGAUGUGCUAGAAGGGCUGUCUACAGACUCAGAAGAUCGAUUCAAAGGCACAGAAGUGAAGAUUUUGUCAACAGAAACCCCAAAAAACCCUUUCAAAGAUAUGAAAGCACAAGUUAUUGAGAUGAAAACUAGAAAAAAUGAAGACAAAGAAGAAGACUGGCUAGAAAUCCCACAGCCUCUUAAUGUCCCCAAGCCAAAAAAAGAAGGGGUUGGGAAAUAUAUCGGCACAAAUAAAUCAAGCGCAAACUUGCCUAUAGGAAUGUUUGCAGAGUAUGACAGCAAAAAAGCAUCAAGAACCACUUUUGAUUUUAAUAAUUGGUAA